AUGGUCCAGAACAGGCUGCAGUACUGGCUCGAGGACCGACAACUGAUAAACACCAACCAAGCGGGAUUCCGGCGCCUCCACUCGACCAUGGACCAGAUCAUCAGAGUCACUCAGUCCGUCUUCGACGCCUUCGAGAAGCCGAAGCCGGAGCGUGCGGUCCUUGCCCUGCUAGACUUCCAGAAGGCUUACGAUAGGGUGUGGAGAGACGCCCUUCUCGCCAAGCUGGGCCGCCUGGGAGUGCCUGCACACGCGGUCAAGUGGCUCCGCAACUUCUUGAGCGAUCGGAGAGCCAGGGUCAGGUGGGGCAACAGCACAUCAGACUGGAGGGUCUUUCCAGAGGGCCUACCGCAAGGCUCGGUGCUCGCGCCCAUACUAUGGCUGGUGUAUAUCAACGAUGUCGACAAGAACGCCCCAAACGACUCUACCUGGUCUCUGUUCGCCGAUGACGUCGCCAUCCUGGCCACGGGACCGUCUCUGGAGUCAUGUGCGGCGAAGAUGCAACCAGCGCUGGACACAGUCGCGUCGUGGGCCCGGGACUGGAAGGUGCAGGCGAGCGCAUCCAAGUGCUGCUUCACCACCUUCACCCUCGACCCAAAGGAGUGCGGAGGCAAGGUGGUACCGACGUUGAAGUUCUCAGGAGAACCUCUGAGGUACGACCCGAACCCGACCUUCCUGGGCAUCACCUUCGACGACCAGCUAACCUUCAGCAGCCACAUCUCCUCCCUCAAGGACAGGAUGGCGAAGCGCAGACAGUGCCUGCAAGCACUCGCGGGGAAGACCUACGGAGCGCACCGCAGGACUCUCCGAACGGCCUACAUCACCUACAUCAGAUCGGUCUUCGAGUACGGUGCGGCGGUGUACUUCACUCACGCCUCCCCCGCCCUGCGCGUCAAGAUCGAAACUGAGCAGAACAGGUGUGCCCGCAUAAUCACCGGAUGCAUCCUCCCGACUAACAGAGCGGCUCUGCUGGCGGAGGCGGACCUCCCCGCCCUGACAGUACGGGCCAAGGAACUGGCAGCUACCGAAGCCAGCCGCAUCGUCCGCCUGCCAGCGGAAGACCGAGCCAAGCAGCUGCUGGAACGAGACCCCCGACCUCGCCUCAAGUACCGCGCGCACGAGGCCUGGAAACGGGCCUGCGUUCAAGCUGCCGAGGAGGGACGACCGGAGCCAGCCCCGCCGGAUGAAGACGCCCUGCUGCCCCACAAGCCAUGCAUACGCAGAGUGGGCCAGUGGACUCUGAAGGAGGCGGGAGUGUCGGGCUGCCCAGCGGAGCCGUUCCUGAGGGUGUCACCGGAGCCGCCGUGGUCGGCCCAUCAGGGGUCAGUGACCUUCAUCGUGGACCUACCAACCACCACGCGGCGGACAGACCCACCUGACAAGAGGAGAGAGGCGGCAGAGCGCGCCCUGGCCGCCCUGCCCGCGCCAGACUGCUCCAUAUGGAGUGACGGCUCGGCGGCCGGAGGCACGUCCAACGGAGGAGGAGGAGCGGCCAUUAUCCUACACCGGGAGAACGACCGCAGGAUCGAGUGCCUGGCAGCUGCAGGCACCCACUGCAGCAGCACCAGGGCGGAGCUGGUGGCAGUCCGGGAGGCACUGAAGUCCCUGGCGAGCCUGCCGGCCGACUCCCUAGACGCCAUCAAGGAGAUCCGCCUUUGCACCGACUCCAGGGCGUGUCUACAGACGCUCCAGCGCGGGCAGGCAGCCCAACUGGAGGAGCUACCGGCGAGCAUCUGGGCCUCUCUCCACGACCUCACGUGCUCCGGGAAGCACGUCACCCUCCAGUGGGUACCGGGGCAUGCUGGCAUCCCUGGUAAUGAGGACGCCGACAGGCUAGCCAACCGAGCCGCGGCAGAGCUAAGCCAGGCAGCGGUCCCGCUGGACAUGGCCGGCGCCCGAGCGGCGAUACGCCACAGAUCCGCCGAGUGGACCGCAGCCCGAGCCAAAGCUCAUCCUCACCUACCACCCACGCCCGGACACGAGGACUUGACCAGGUGGGAGCAGGUGACACUGUCUCAACUGAGAGUGGGAAGAUCAGUGCUCACAAGGAAGACUCUCCACGAGAUCGGUCUUGCGACAAACCCCGACUGCCUGAACUGCGAGGAGGAAGACUCGGUAGCACACUUGCUGACCGAAUGCCCAGCGUACGCCCACAUGAGGUCCCGCCUGUGGGGCGGACCUCUGCCGAGCCUGGGGCAUGUGCUGGGCGGAUCAGCGACUCUCAUCUUCGAGUACCUGCGGCGGGUGGGCCGUGUCGACCCCCCGGUCGACGCUGCCACGGCCGUGGCCGCCCCGGCGGCCACGGCGUGA